GCACCAGCGAACUGACAGCGUAAUUCCCCACGCUUGCCUCGUAAGUCGUAACCUAAGCAGCAAGUCCUGAUUCCUGAAUUCGUCAUCGUCAAUCCUUCUUUCCUCCAGAGCGAGUGGCGGCAGCAAGACUCUCCCGAGUCACGACGCGACUCACGAGUCUGUGACUCAUCCACCGAUGACGCUACCAACAAACCCUAGUCUACCAAACCACCCCCCAUCCAUUCCCUAAGUUAUUUUCAGCAAUCUCGUUGGGUCUCUCAGAAAAACACUUUCCAAUUUAAUGCUCGCUCAAAGGGGAAAAAAAACUGCCAACAUUUGAAUUUCACUGUCACAGGCUCACUCACGAACCCUAAUUUUUUUCUCAGUAUUCACAAAUCAAAACCCUUGUCAAAUUUCGAUCUUUGUUGCUCCUUGAUCUCACAGAUGUAGUAAAGUUUCUCUAUUUUAUUUCUUUCUACAUUUAUGUAAUUUAUCUGUGGGAAUACAGAACAAUAAAUUGGGUGAAAGAUUUCUGAGUUACUUCCAAGGUUGCAAUGGCUGCGCAGGAGACGGUUGUACUGGAUAUAAGCUCCGAUGAAGAUGUUGGUUGGGGAGAUAACAUGUCCGCUGCCGGCUGCGGCGGGUGUCGAGAUGACAGUGAUUGGAUAUCAGAGCUAUUGGAUAAGGUAGAUAAAGAAACGGAUGAUUCCGAUGAGGUGGUGGUGCUGGGUGAGGUUAUUGCCAAGCCCAAAUUCAGGCCAAAGCCUUCAGUAAAAUGUGUAGAUAAAGUUGAUGAUGAUGACUGUGUAGUCUUGGAAGCUGACCCGGAUGCGCCGGUUGCUAUUGAAAACGAUAAAAGAGAGGAUGAUCCCGACGAAUUGCUUGUUGUUAGCGAAAAGGGCCAGGUUGCAUGUAGAGAUUAUCCUCAUGCACGCCAUCUUUGUGUCAAAUUCCCCUUUAAUUCUACUCCACAUGAUAGGCAUUGUGAGCAGUGCCAUUGUUAUGUUUGUGACUCACUUGCUCCAUGUCUUCACUGGAGCACCGGCAUCUCCAGUAUUGACCAUUGUCAUGCUACUGACAAAGAGGAGUUCUGGAAAUCCCAGAGGAAAAGUUCAAGGAAAAAUGAUGAAGCUCCACCCGUGGCUCCUGAUACUUCUUUUUCCACAGGACUAGCUCCACCAUUGCCCUCUGAUCCUUCAUUACAGAAUCAAUUAUUUACCCAAGCUGCGCAUCAGCUUUCUUCUAUGCCAUCUAUUAAUGGCACACAAAAUAACAUAAAUCAUGGUAGAAGCCAACAGUCUGGAAAUUAUACGAGCGUCUCUCCACAGUUGCGGAGUACAUAUAGUCAUCUUAUCCCUGGUGACAGGAGACACAGUGCUGGCAACACAGGCACUCGCUACAUUUCUCAUGUACCAUUAAAAAGGACAAGAACAUGUGGGGAUGUAUUACCAGCUAAUAGGUACUGUAAUAAUUCAUCCAGAGCCAGCCAUGGAUAUCCGUCUACCAGAAGCCAUCCUUCUACGACAAGGUGGUUAGACCCUGUGACUCCAGUGAUUAGUACCUUUGAAGAUUCCUCCAAGGCAAUUGUUGGUGGUAUGGCUACUAGAAUGUCCAGCUUACCAGCUGUGAUAAACAUGGCCAAUGGAACUGCAAAUCAUCCACCGUCUCAUCCUCAGAUGUUACGUCAAACACAUGGGAGCAGUAUAGAUACAAGUACAGUGGGUCCUCAGCGUCAAUUGUCUUCUCAAAUGUAUGGCGACUUCAGCAUCACUAAUCCAAUGCCUACACAACCUGGGGUUGCCGCGCAGCCAAAUUGGGACUGUCCCUUCGAUAAUUCAUUUCCUUUUCAACCCCUAACAACUACCAAUCCUAAUGAUACAAGAUUCUCUCAAGAUCCUGUUCCUUCUGAAUCCCUUGUAACCUCGUGGGCCAACAUGAGCAACUGCUUUGAAGGUGCUUUUCCUACUCAGCCAAAUGCUGAUAGUGGCUUUGACAAUCGGUUGCUGCAUUUACCGCAAGAAUGCGGUCAAGUCGCUUCUUUAUCAAGUCAUGGGGAAGAUACAUUUAAACAAGGUAAUCAAACUCGAAGUACUUUGCAUCCAAGUUGUGCUGAAUUUGGCUUUGGUUGGGACAGUACUCCUAGCCACGGCCAACAACUUCUUGCUGAUGAGUACAACCGGCUAGAAAUUGCAGUGCAGAGAGAUGAGCCGGCAGUCAAUGCUGAUGUUGGUUCACAAUUAUAUGGGAGCGCCAAUUCUGCACCAUUGGAUUUCCAUUUGGACUCCUGGAUGUUUGAAAAUCAGUCUGCUUUGGGUGCUUUGGAAGUUCCGGUGCCUCCCGAGCUUAAUGUUUUCUCUCCUGAAGCUGCUACUAUAGAUGCUGGUCUUCUCUUCGACUUUUAGCUUUUGGUGAAGCUUCACCUAAAUUUGUUCUACAAUCCUGCUUUCGACCCCGCCCCGGGGAAAAAUUUUUUUUUGGGGAGGUGGGUGGUGGUGGUGUUGCGGACGAGUUGCAGAGAUUGCCCUUGCCGUCGAAGGUUUCUGUACAGAGGCUGGUAGCUUUUGUAAAGUUAGUUGUAUAUUAAUUGAAUUAUUCUAGACUUUGUCAGCCUAUCUAACUUUUUUUGCUCUUCAGUCUUAUUGAAGCUGUUCCGUUUGCUUUGA